AUGGAACGCGCCCUGCCCGACGGGGCCCUCAAUGUGUCUUGGGGACCAAGCACGGGAGAGGCGGCAGCUCCCGGUUUCUCCGCCGCCUGGACCGUGGUCCUCGCUGUGUUGAUGGCGCUGCUGAUCGUGGCGACCGUGGUGGGCAACGCUCUGGUCAUGCUGGCCUUCGUGGUGGACUCCAGCCUCCGCACACAGAACAACUUCUUCCUCCUCAAUUUGGCCAUCUCUGAUUUCCUAGUAGGAGCCUUUUGCAUCCCCUUGUACGUGCCCUAUGUGCUGACUGGGAAGUGGACCUUUGGGAGGAGCUUCUGCAAGUUGUGGCUGGUGGUUGACUAUCUGCUCUGCACCUCUUCGGUCUUCAACAUCGUGUUGAUCAGUUAUGACCGGUUUCUCUCUGUUACCAGGGCGGUUGCAUAUCGUGCCCAGCAAGGCAAUACCAGGAGGGCAGUACAGAAGAUGGUGUUGGUGUGGGUGCUGGCCUUUCUACUCUAUGGACCUGCCAUCUUGAGCUGGGAGUACCUCUCUGGUGGGAGCAUCAUCCCAGAGGGUGAGUGUUAUGCUGAGUUUUUCUACAACUGGUACUUCCUCAUCACAGCCUCCACACUGGAGUUCUUCACACCCUUCCUCAGUGUGACCUUUUUCAACUUGAGCAUCUAUCUGAACAUCCAGAAACGAACCCGGGACCGGCUGGAUGUGGGCCGGGAGGAGCCUGGGAGGCUCUUCAGCCAUGAGUCAGAAACAAAUCCCAAGUUCUCCCUGAAGUGCUGGGAGUGGGAGCAGAAGAUGCCUCGGGAGACCUUGAACCUUCACAAGUAUGAGGCACACCCUUCAGACAAGCCAGAUGGCGCCCGGGACUCACCCACAUCGAGCUCCAACAGUUCCACCCAUGCUCCUGAAAAGCCGAGGUCUUUGAAGAGGAGCUACAAGCCCUCGGCAUCCACCUCAUCCCUGGAGAAAAGGAUGAAAAUGAUGUCACAGAGCAUCACUCAACGCUUCCGGCUGUCCAGGGACAAGAAAGUGGCCAAGUCUUUGGCAGUGAUCGUGAGCAUCUUUGGUUUAUGCUGGGCCCCCUACACCCUCCUAAUGAUCAUUCGGGCUGCCUGCCACGGCCGCUGCAUUCCUGAUUACUGGUAUGAAACAUCCUUCUGGCUGCUCUGGGUCAACUCUGCAGUGAACCCCAUCCUUUAUCCUCUGUGCCACUACAGUUUCCGCAGAGCCUUCAUGAAACUUCUCUGCCCCAAGAAAUUAAAAAUCCAGCCCCACAAUUCCCUGGAGCAUGGCUGGAAAUGAUUCCAAACUGGGGAAAGGUGGGGGAAAAUAGGGAGUGGUAAUGCUACCAGCACUGGAGUAAGGGGUCCCUUUGUAGCUGGUUAGCCCUUGCAGAGGUCAGGAAAGAUGGACUACUUUCUUGUGGGGAAGGGGCAGGCUGCCAUUAUGGUUCCUUUAGCAGCUCUUCAGUGCUGCAUCCCCAAGUCUCUGUGGGAUGGUGUGGCUUUUUGUUUUGCAUGCCCCAUUUUGGUCCAUCAAAGGUUGGCCUUUGAGUCUGGUGCCAGCCAUAAAGGCUUCACACUGUCAAGAGCUGGCCCAUGGGUUCUUAUAGUCUGAGUUUAAAACAGCUGCUCCCAGGAGCGCAAAGAAGAGAUGGAGAUGGCUGGGGUUAUUCUAGUACAGAUACUCUGGGUCUCAUUGGUGUUAUUAAGCUGUCUCUCUCUUUUUAAGGUUUAUCAGGUUGGGUUUUUUUGAGUGCUGUGUGUAUGUGUGUGUGUGUGUGUAUGCGUAUGUGUGUGGGGGGGUGUGGGGGAGGCGUGCGCGCGUGUGUUUUCAUGAUCAAACAUUCUGUCCUCCCCUAGACUUCUCUGCCUUUUUUUUCCCAAUAGCCAGCCAGCCCCUGCUGGGCUGGACUUACUCUUUCUAUAUGCUGCCACCAUAGGCACCAGCUUUAGUCUAGCCCCAUAGACCCCUCCCUCUUGCUCUCUCCACCAGGAAAUUCUUAAGAAAGCAGAUCAUGGCAAAUGACCUAAAAGAAACCUCAUUCUAUUGCUUCUGCUGUAUUUUUCAUUCUGGAUAUUUUAGGAAAAAGAAAAAAAUAUAUGUGAAAUUCAACCUUCUUUCACUAUUUAAUGAAGGAUAACAAAAAAAAAUCAAAGGAACUCAGUGCUCAUGAAGCCUGCUGGAUUGGCAGCCAUGGACUCCCACGUCCUCUUUUCUCUGUGCUGUUGACAUUGUCUGAGCUGUGGCAGCUUUGAGCUACUUCUACCCCAUUCCACCAAUGAGCCGAAGGCCCAUUCUAGAGAAACUAAACACUCUAAGAGCAAUAAGACAUUCUGGAGGACUAGAGAGUCUCAGAAGAACUGGAGACUAUUUGAGGAAUGCUCUGUCUCCAUCAGCUGCUCAACCACUGGUUCCUUAGCUGGACUUACUCUGCAGUCCAGUGGAAGGCAAUCAGAUUUCAGCAGCGAUGCUGCAUUUGUUAUGUUCUGGGCACUAUGGCUGAUAGAAACAAUAGAACUAGUGACAUCAGUCCAUCUUACUGAGGCCACCGGAUGGCCUCUUUUCACAGUUCAGUUCCAAGUUAAGAUGGGAGAUGGGAGUUAAUUUGAGGUGUGGCUAUCUAUGAUGAUUUAACUCCAUCAGGCUUCAAUGAGACUGAGCAUCACUCAAUCCAUCAGCAAACAUUGACUGUGCUUGCCACAGUGGAGGAGGUCAAGAGAUAUAAGAUGCCAUCCCUGUGCUCAAGGAAUUUGCAGUCUGGAAAAUUUACAGUCUAGGGAGAAAAGGCAUGAAAUAUCAACACACCACAUGGUGACAGUGAAGGGCACAGGAGAAAACCGCCGUGAUUUCUUGAAAAACAACACAGUUCCUAGGUGAGCAUGGUUAACUUAGUUUCACCUAUAAGGAAGGAAGAACAGCUAGACUCAAAGCACAUAUAGUCAUUUGACAAGUCUUUACUGAGCCAGCCACGUGCUCUUCAGUGUGAAGGGUCUGACACAGCAAGAGGAAGAGACAUGGUACCUUCCUCAUUGGGAGCUUUGUCUAUUUUGGGAGACAAGGAUGGUUAGAGAACAAGACAGACCAGAAAGUGAUCAAACUCAAGUGACAUGCAAUGGGAUUUUUGUAGGAAGCAGGACAUACCUCAUCCAAAAAAAGUAGCAUGGCCUUUGAGUCACCCUUGCAUGCACCUGAACUAGCUAUUUUGCAUGUUCCUGCUUCUGGCAAUGCUUCUGCUGCUGCUACUACUGCCAAACUGUGAAAUGUCAAUAAAGUGUAUUUUUU